AUCCAGUACGCGCUUUGGCCGUUCGCCCAGAUCCCAAGAAAAGAACAAGCGAUCCGCUGCUCGCCUCGCCGCGGCAUUUCCGCAAGCACCCCCCGCGCGCGCCGCCGCCGCCGCCGCGAGGGUGGUGAGAGGAAGGAUGGGUUCGCUCCCGGUGUCCUCCCCCUCCUCCUCGCCGGAACUCGCGGCGCCGCAGAGGCGGGUGACGGUGGCGGCGUCGGACCUGGCGCCGCUGUUCGGGGCGCAGCGGCGGCACCUGGACCACUUCUUCGACCGGCUCGACCUGGCGCAGGCGGCGGCGUUCGCGCAGGCGCUGCUCGACGCCCCCGGGGCGGUGUUCUUCACCGGCGUGGGGAAGUCCGGCAUCGUGGCGCGGAAGCUGGCGCAGACGCUCGCGUCGCUGGGGUUCACGCGCGCGGGGUUCCUGUCCCCCGUCGACGCGCUCCACGGCGACAUCGGCUCGGUCUUCCACGGGGACGUCCUCGUGCUGCUCUCCAAGUCCGGCGCCUCCGACGAGCUGCUCGCGCUCGCGCCCUGCGCCCGGGCCAAGGGCGCCUACCUCAUCUCCCUCACCUCCGCCGCCUCCGGCGCCGACUGCCCGCUCGCCGCCGUGUGCGAUCUCAAUGUGCAUCUGCCGUUGCAGGCGGAGGUGUGCCCCUUCGGCCUCGCGCCCGUCACCUCCACCGCCAUACAGAUGGUGUUCGGGGACACCGUUGUCGCCGCCAUCAUGGAGGCCCGCCGCCUCUCCAGGGACCAGUACGCGGCCAACCACCCCGCCGGCAAGAUUGGCAAAUCCCUCAUCUUCAAGGUUAAGGAUGUUAUGAAGAAGCAAAAUGAACUUCCUUUGUGCAAGGAGGGAGAUAUGAUCAUGGAUCAACUCACUGAACUCACUAGUAAAGGCUGUGGGUGUCUACUUGUGGUUGAUGAUGAGUAUCAUUUGAUUGGAACUUUCACUGAUGGUGAUCUCCGCCGUACACUGAAGGCAAGUGGGCAAGCAAUUUUCAAUCUCACUGUUGGGGAGAUGUGCAACAGGCACCCAAGAACUAUCACUGCUGAUGCGAUGGCAGUGGAAGCCAUGGAGAAGAUGGAAUCACCCCCUUCACCGGUGCAGUUCUUGCCUGUUGUUGACAAAAACAACGUUGUCUGUGGGAUCAUCACAUUGCAUGGAUUGGUCUCAGCUGGAUUAUAAUCAUCUUUUCGCAUCAGCUCUACCCUGCUAUUUAUCAUUUAUGAUUCUUUGCAACUAUUUGGUCCAGUUCAUCACUUGAUGACAUCUUAUCCCUGUACUAGUACGUGUAGUCUAGAGCGGGGAGAGACAUUGUUGCCUGUGUCUCCUAUGUAUGGUGUACUAUAAAAGCAGUAUGCUGCAGGUUGCUCGUUGGAUGUUUGUGCACCCUCUCUGUAAAUGAAUGUGGAAUAAGCA